GUCGGCAUCGUGCACCUCCGAUGGCAGCCUCUCUCGCGAUCGCAGCGACCGCCUUUGCUGCGCCCUCCCGCCCUGCGGUCGGCGCGGAGCGCGCCGGCGUGCAGAUGAGCGGCGUGGCUCGCAAUGCCAACUUUGGCAAGCUGCAGGCGGGCUACCUAUUCCCCGAGAUUGGGCGGCGGCGGAGCGCGUACCUCGCCGCCAACCCGGACGCCAACAUCAUCUCGCUCGGGAUCGGCGACACGACGCAGCCGGUGCCGUCGCACAUCCUCUCUGGCCUCGUCGCCGGCGCCUCCAAACUUGGCACCAAGGAGGGCUACUCUGGCUACGGCGCCGAGCAGGGGAUGGGGCCCCUCCGCGAGAAGAUCGCGUCUGCUCUCUACGACGGCAAAGUCGACGCGGCGGAGGUCUUUGUCUCGGACGGCUCAAAGUGCGACAUCGGCCGGCUGCAGAUGAUGUUUGGCUCGGGCGUGACGAGCGCCGUGCAGGACCCUUCGUACCCCGUCUACGUCGACACCUCCGUCAUCAUGGGCCAGACGGCGGAGAUGGACGCCACGAGCAAGCAGUACGGCAACAUCGUGUACAUGCCCUGCAGCCCGUCCAACAACUUCUUCCCCGACCUCUCCUCCACGCCUCGCGCGGACGUGGUCUACUUUUGCUCGCCAAACAACCCGACGGGCGCCGCGGCCUCCCGCGAGCAGCUGCAGCAGCUCGUCGACUGGUGCAACAAGCAGG